AAAGGAGUCAAGUUGCUGCUAUAUUACAUGAUUCACUGAUAUCAUGCGACGCUCCAUCCUAACGAUAAUCACAGCAGUCGUAUUUUUCAUUCAUCUAAGUGUCGGAAUAGAAGUAAUCGAUCAACCGAACUACGUAUAUGAUGUUGGAUUUGAUCUAGAUAUCGAAGAACCAGCUGCAGCUGUUCAGCUUCUAGGUCUGAGAAAUGAUAAACUGAAAGGUUUACUGGAAUUCACACCCAUCAGAAAUACUAUAGGACAAAGUGAGUAUCAAUAUUAUUCUUUCAGUGUCAACACGUCAAGUGGAUUAGGUGAAUACUAUCAAUUUUUGAUUUUCCUAACCGGUAAUAUUUGCGAACAGCCAGAGAGUAUUGAAGCUAAUGAGACUAGUUUAUAUGUAUAUUUUUCAUUUAACUCAUCCAUGUUUCAAAACUUUGAACUUGGUCAACUAGGAACUUUCAAAAAUGGGUACUUCCAAGGUUUAGCCGAUGUCCCAAUUUCAAAUAGUGAUGAAAACGAAGAUUCGAUUUUAUAUAUUGCGGUUCAAGCUCCUGAGCUAACCAAUAGAACCGCAACAUGGUCGUACGAGAUUGGUGUAUCUCAAAAUGAUUUGGUAUUCCAGUGGGAUGAUAGAACAUGGGCUUCAUUAGUUGAUACUGAUAACGAUUCUGCAUUAAUUGUCACUGGUAAUUUGACUUCUUCCAAUGAUUAUACUAGUUUGAAUGCUACUGAAUCUCAAUAUGCGUUAUUUAUAUACUCUUAUGAUUAUAAGGACUACUUUAACACUUUGAAUAGUAGUUGGUGUGCAGUUAGAAAUGGGCCAGCGCUAUUUUCAACUUCGAAUUUUCAAAGUAGUUAUACAGAUAGAAAUGGUGGAUUGCAACAACAGUUUUAUGUAUCAGGUUUGAAUGAGUCAACCAAAUAUAUUGCCUAUUUGGUUUCUGACUUUAAAGGAACCAGUUUUGGUGGUGCGGUUUAUCAACCAUUUGAAUUUGAAACCCUAGAUAAUUCAGCUUGCCAAUUAAUUUACGAUCUUGAUUUUUGCUCGAGAGUUGCCUAUUCCGUUCCAGCGGUGAAGGGAAUAGAUAAAAGGGAGUUGAAGACAAUGUAUGAUGAAAAUGCCCACACCUUGUACACCAAUUUUUCAAAAGCUUUACAACAAAUCGCCUGUGACACCGACCAAGACGCAGUCUUUUCCCCCAUCAAAACUUGUACCGAUUGUGCCCAACUGUAUAAGGAUUGGUUAUGCUCGGUGACAAUUCCAAGAUGUACCACUAGAAAUCGUACUGGCUAUAAAUACCGUACCGUGGGAGAAUCAAGGAGUACUUUCAUAGACGAAGACUUAAAACCAGAAUUCAACUAUUAUGAAGUUUUGCCCUGUGUGAAUGUCUGUCAGGCCAUUGUGCGAGACUGUCCUGCUGAUUUCGGCUUCCAGUGUCCUCUCACAAACGAUACCAUAAAACAAUCUUACUAUUGGGAUGCUGGUGAAGGGUAUGUUUCCUGUAACUUUGUUGGGAUCGUUGAGUCAAGUACCAGUUUCGCAGUUAGAUCCAUACUAGUGAAUUGGCCUUUAUUAGUGGUGGUAUUCACUUUCCAUAUUCUCCAACUCUACAUAUAGUCAUUCAUAGGUGAAGUUUUCAUUUGUACGGUUAUUCUUUAUUAUAUACGGUAAUAUAUACAGGC